UGAUAUAACUAAUGAUAGAAUUAAUAUUUAAAAAAAAAUUGAGCUAUGUGCAGAUUUAUUUUGUGCCUCGUAAUAUUCUAGUCCUUAAAUCAUUUUAUUAUUGUUCUGUUCAUGAAUAAAAAUGCAAACACUACAAUGUUGAGUUUUUAAUAUUAUAUUGAUACCAUUCGUAUAGUAUUGUAAUAAUGUCAGGUGUGACAAAAUAUAUUUAUCAGAAUUAGGAUGAAUCAUCGGGCAAAAUCGAACUUAUGGCAAUGAGCUAUUUAAGAGAACGAUAAAUUUUGGACAAAGCUGAAUCUUCGUGUAGCAACAAACAUGAUACAGUCAAACACAAUAAAUUUAAACAAAACUCUUUGCAGCUUGUAAAGUCUUAUAGCUUUCUGAAUAAUGAACAUAAAUAUUGAACAAAGUUUUAUUAUGAAGGAGAAAAAAUCACUCCAUCAGAUUUGGCAGUAUUAAUAUACUUCUUAAAGCUUGAUAUACUUAUGUAGAAAAUUUCAUCAUAGCAAGCGUCCCUAGCACGAACAACACAUAACUUCAUACAAAUUGCAAGACAUCUUUCAUAAAUUUGAACGAGGAGAGAUCGCUAAGUAGAAAUUUUCGAUUUCAAAAUUACUUGGCAGUGAUGUUCACUCACUAGAGACUUUCGUUCUGACAUUCUUAUCCCACGCGGAAAUCGAUCUGUUCGUAAGGUAUGGCCCUUAUUUCCUGCGUACUAUGCUAUUGCAAAUUUCAUGUAAGUAGUUCACAUUGACGUAAACUUUUAUGAUAUUCGUUGUUUCUUAAAAACCAUCAUGAUGCAGCAUAAAUUUAAAUUACUUUCGCUGACUUCUCAUUUUAAUUUCUAUAUUAUUUAAAAAACAUACCCGAAAUUUUGAUGUUACCUACCACUUACUUGAUAACAAUCAUGAUGCAAUAACCAUCUAAGUUACUUAUUCCCUAAAUGUCAAGAUAGCUUCUGACCUCCCACCCAUUUAAAUCAAAAUGGUUCAUAAAUAAAAUAUCAGGUUAUCACACAAUGACAUAUGAUUUCGAUGUAUCAUUGUUCUUGGCCUAAGGUCACGUAAUCAUAAAGAGACUUGUUUUUCUUCAUUCAUUACUGUCCACUCAAUCAGUUCACACGUCUAUCAUUUCUACCUCUUCAACGUGAUGGCUGAAUCAGUCUCAAAGAAGUAUUUCGUAAUAAGACUCCCCGGGACGCUCGAUUCAUCAGUACAUAACUCGUACGUUUGCAUUCCUAGUUCGUGGGCCAUAACUCGUGACGACAUAAAUGUAAUUGUUGCGGUUCCACCUAAUGAAGAAGUGCCAGUGCCAAUAUGCCUCAUUCUCAAGAAUGAACCACCACCAUCGCACUGGAAAACCUGUGCAGGCACACUGGUAUAUGAAACUGACGAUUUUCAAGUCGCACUUCUGGUUACAGUAGCGAGAUGUGAGUCUACAUUUAUAUCGAACCAACCUAAGUGUGAAUAUCCUGGAGAUUGGACUCGACCACACAGAAUUCUGGAAGCAUCAACGUUAAAUUGGGAAGCUAGUACAUCAUCUUCAUCUACUGAUGCAAUGACUAAAUUAAAUUUCGGCACGAUGUUACAAAUAGUACGUCCGAUGAUUGUCAGCUUGUUGAGAUACAUCGAUUUGAUAAUUGAACACAAUCAAAAUGAAUCUUUGUUUAACCUCGAAAAUGAUCGUGGUAAUGGUAUUAAAAGCGAUGACUUAGUCAAUGUCACUCAACUGUCCAAUACGUACGUUACUUUAUUCCAGAAAGUUAUGCAGGGUUAUAUAAACUCAUAUGAUUCAACACUGAUGUUAGAAAUACCAAUACCAAGUGAAGUAUUAUCACUGGAAACUUCUAUGAACCAAGAAAUUAUGUAUUUCCUUACUCUAACAGUGAUGAUGAUGAAAGCAGAGAUACAACAAUAAUUAUUUUAAUUACUUUAACUUUUUAUUUUGUCAAACCUUUGUCCGUAAGUUAACAAAUAAAUAUAUGCUGUAAAUUAUCAUUGUUUUAUUCUUUCAAUACGAUUUUUCUUUCGAGUAAUUUCGGACAAGUGUGCGCAGUUGGUAAGUGUGCGCGAACCCAUUCAUUUCAAAUUAAAAUAGAUGGGUUUCCGCUAUUUACCCACUGCGCACACUUGCCCCACACGGCUAUCUUAAAAACAAGACGAUAAGAGAUAAUAAUCAACGAGCUCGACUUUUUAGUAUCAACAACAUACCUAUCGAAUUUUGUACAAUUUUAAUUAUCAGAUUAACAUUUGCAUCAAAUGAAAAGAUGUAAAAGCGUGAUCGUUGAAAUUGCAGUAUUAUCCAACCAAUGUUUAAUACGCGAUAAGAUUAUACGUAAAAAUACAGUGAAGCUCAGCUGACCUUGUUAUUUGGGAGGCUAAAAUUAUACGUGAUGCACUGUAGUUCUAAUAAAUUUAGUACUCUACCGAGAUCCUACAACGCGGCACAUUUUCGAAGUGUUGACAAUUCAAACAAUUCGUCCGUGAAAAAUAAUUACUAUGGCUGAAAUUUCAGUGAAUCAGGUAAAGUUCUAGUUUACGGUGUCCCCAGUAGAAGUCACACGAAAAAACAUCACUACCAAAAUAUGAAUAUUGUUUUUUUGCUUAACCGAUGAUUACAUUCUGUUACCAAUAACAUUAAAAAAUAUACAUGGAUUACGUGACUGUAGUCAAUAUUACUCACCCAUAGUUGUUUCGUGGGAAUUUCGGAAUAUCACAUAGCAAAAUAUAACGACGUCUAUUUGUCAUCUGUCAGAAUAUAUCGUGAAACAAUUUCACAGAUCAUAAACACAUGCGUGUCGAAAUUCAUUUAUAACUACUGCGAAGAACAUUAACAUAGUCGUACCCUUCUUUUAUGGGAAGUUAUGACACUAACAUAUAGUCGCGUGAGAGCAUUACUAUGAUAGUAGACAUGAAAACGUAAUUGACAUUCUAAUUUUAAUGUCUUCUUAUCAAUUUCAGCUAAUAAAAGUGCGUUCUGAAAGUAUAUAUCAUGUUUAUUUAUAGAAUCCAGUUUUCGUGGAACCAAAAAUAUACUACAUUGUGAAAAUAAUUGGAAUGCC